UCCCCAACUGCUUGUCACAUCGACCUGCACUGUCUCUCGCCUGCCUGUGGGGUUUCUGUCAACUAGUCGUGGAGGGGAGAAAACUCUUUAAAGAAUAACAUCUUAUUGUGGCCAUGCCAGAACCCACUAAGAAAGAGGAAAAUGAAGUACCAGCCCCAGCCCCGCCCCCAGAAGAACCAAGUAAAGAGAAGGAGGCCGGAACUACACCAGCAAAAGAUGAAGAGGAAGUCUCCCCGCCUAGCGCCUUGCCUCCAGGUUUGGGUAGUCGGGCUCUGGAAAGAAAAGAUUCAGAAUGGUCCCUUGGCGAAUCACCUGCUGGGGAGGAACAAGACAAGCAGAAUGCCAACUCCCAAGUGUCUGUCUUGUUUGUUGAAAAACCUCAAGGAGGAACAGUGAAAGUUGGUGAAAAUAUCACCUUCAUAGCCAAAGUAAAGGCUGAAGAUCUUCUGAGAAAACCCACUGUCAAAUGGUUCAAAGGAAAAUGGAUGGAUCUGGCCAGCAAAGCUGGGAAGCACCUUCAGCUGAAGGAAACCUUCGAGAGGCAUACUCGGAUAUACACAUUUGAGAUGCAGAUCAUCCAGGCCAAAGAGAACUAUGCGGGAAAUUACAGAUGCGAGGUCACCUAUAAGGAUAAGUUUGACACCUGUUCAUUUGAUCUUGAAGUGCACGAAUCUACUGGGACUACUCCAAGCAUUGACAUCAGAUCUGCUUUCAAGAGAAGUGGAGAAGGUCAAGAUGAUGCAGGGGAACUUGACUUUAGUGGUCUCCUGAAACGUAGGGAGGUGAAGCAGCAGGAGGAAGAACCCGAGGUGGACGUGUGGGAGCUGCUGAAGAACGCGAAGCCCAGCGAAUACGAGAAGAUCGCCUUCCAGUAUGGAAUCACCGACCUGCGCGGCAUGCUCAAGCGGCUCAAGCGCAUGCGCAGGGUGGAGAAGAAGAGCGCAGCUUUCGCAAAAAUUCUUGAUCCUGCAUAUCAGGUUGACAAAGGAGGCAGAGUGAGGUUUGUUGUGGAGCUGGCAGAUCCAAAGUUGGAGGUGAAAUGGUUUAAAAAUGGUCAAGAAAUUCGACCGAGUACAAAAUACAUCUUUGAACACAAAGGAUGCCAGAGAAUCAUGUUUAUCAAUAACUGUCAGAUGACAGAUGAUUCAGAGUAUUACGUGACAGCUGGUGAUGAGAAAUGUUCAACUGAACUCUUCGUAAGAGAACCUCCAAUUAUGGUGACCAAACAGCUGGAAGAUACAAACGCUUAUUGUGGGGAAAGAGUGGAAUUAGAAUGUGAGGUGUCUGAAGAUGAUGCCAAUGUAAAAUGGUUUAAGAAUGGUGAAGAGAUUAUCCCUGGUCCAAAAUCAAGAUACCGAAUUAAAGUCGAAGGUAAAAAACACAUCCUGAUCAUAGAGGGAGCAACAAAGGCUGACUCUGCAGAAUAUUCAGUAAUGACAACAGGAGGACAAUCAUCUGCUAAACUUAGUGUUGGCUUGAAACCUCUGAAGAUUUUGACACCUCUGACUGAUCAGACUGUAAAUCUUGGAAAAGAAAUCUGCCUGAAGUGUGAAAUCUCUGAAAACAUAUCAGGAAAAUGGACUAAAAAUGGCCUACCUGUUCAGGAGAGUGACCGUCUAAAGGUGGUUCACAAGGGAAGAAUCCACAAGCUAGUGAUAGCCAAUGCCCUCAUUGAAGAUGAAGGUGAUUAUGUAUUUGCACCUGAUGCCUACAAUAUUACUCUGCCUGCCAAAGUUCAUGUUAUUGAUCCUCCUAAGAUCAUCCUGGAUGGUCUUGAUGCUGACAAUACAGUGACAGUGAUUGCAGGAAGCAAGCUUCGUCUUGAGAUCCCUAUCAGCGGAGAACCACCUCCUAAAGCCAUUUGGAGCCGGGCAGAUAAGGCUAUAAUGGAGGGCAGUGGUCGAAUAAGGGCAGAAUCUUAUCCAGAUAGCAGCACUCUGGUCAUUGAUGUAGCUGAAAGGGAUGACUCUGGUGUUUACCAUAUCAAUCUGAAAAACGAAGCUGGAGAGGCACAUGCAAGCAUCAAGAUUAAAGUUGUGGACCUCCCUGAUCCUCCAGUGGCACCAAGUGUGACAGAAGUGGGAGAUGACUGGUGUAUCAUGAAAUGGGAGCCCCCUGCCUACGAUGGAGGGUCUCCAAUUCUAGGAUAUUUUAUUGAGAGGAAGAAGAAACAAAGCUCCAGGUGGAUGAGGCUGAAUUUUGAUCUCUGCAAAGAAACAACUUUUGAGCCCAAGAAGAUGAUUGAAGGUGUAGCCUAUGAGGUCCGCAUCUUUGCAGUCAAUGCCAUCGGCAUCUCCAAGCCCAGUAUGCCCUCCAAGCCUUUUGUUCCUUUGGCUGUAACAAGCCCUCCUACUCUUCUGACUGUGGACUCUGUCACUGACACGACUGUCACAAUGAAGUGGCGCCCCCCAGACCAGAUUGGUGCGGCAGGUUUAGAUGGCUAUGUGCUAGAGUAUUGCUUUGAAGGAAGUUUAAAAAGUACAUCAGCAAAACAGUCUGAUGAAAAUGGGGAGGCUGCGUUUGAUCUGCCAGGUAAAGUAUGCUGUGAAGCUCUCAAACUUUCUUACUAUAUUAUGAUGUUUCUGGGAAUGUUAGAUGACCAAAUAUAUGACUACAAGGACACACUGGUGAACACAUGCCAUUUUGCUUCUGGAAGGCUAUUUUCAGGACACCAUACUGAUUGCAACAUUGUGCUAUUUUACCCUCACUCAGAACCUCCAAAGAUUCGCAUCCCAAGACACCUGAAGCAAACCUAUAUCCGCAGAGUUGGAGAAGCUGUCAAUCUGGUUAUACCUUUCCAGGGAAAACCAAGACCAGAAUUAACUUGGAAGAAGGAUGGUGCAGAUAUUGAUAAGAAUCAAAUAAACAUUCGCAACUCUGAGACUGAUACAAUCAUAUUUAUUAGAAAAGCAGAGAGGAGCCACUCUGGGAAAUAUGAUCUGCAAGUCAAAGUGGACAAAUUCGUGGAGAGCGCAUCAAUUGACAUCCAGAUCGUUGACCGUCCAGGUCCACCCCAAAUUGUGAAGAUUGAGGAUGUCUGGGGAGAAAACGUCGCUCUCUCAUGGACUCCACCAAAGGAUGAUGGAAAUGCUGCUAUCACAGGGUAUACCAUCCAGAAGGCUGACAAGAAGAGCAUGGAAUGGUUCACUGUCAUUGAGCACUAUCACCGAACCAAUGCCACCAUUACUGAACUGGUCAUAGGGAAUGAAUAUUACUUCCGGGUCUUUUCUGAAAACAUGUGCGGCCUCAGUGAGGAUGCCACCAUGACUAAAGAGAGUGCUGUGAUUGCCAAGGACGGUAAAAUCUACAAAAAUCCAAUAUACGAAGACUUUGAUUUCUCAGAGGCACCCAUGUUUACUCAGCCUUUGGUUAACACUUAUGCCAUAGCUGGUUACAAUGCCACCCUGAACUGCAGUGUGAGAGGAAAUCCUAAGCCUAAAAUAACCUGGAUGAAAAACAAAGUUGCUAUUGUGGAUGACCCAAGAUACAGGAUGUUCAGCAACCAGGGAGUCUGUACCCUGGAAAUUCGCAAGCCCAGCCCCUAUGAUGGAGGCACUUACUGCUGCAAAGCAGUCAAUGACCUUGGGACAGUGGAGAUUGAAUGCAAACUGGAGGUGAAAGUGAUAUAUCAAGGAGUAAAUACCCCUGGACAACCAGUCUUCCUGGAGGGGCAGCAACAGUUGUUGCACAAUAAGGAUUUUUGAAUGUAUAAUAUCAUCUAAGGUGGGCUCUCCUUCUGCAGGCUCCUCUUGCAAGGCGUACCUCCAAACAUAAUUGAUUCAUAUUUGCGAGACUUACACUCAAGCAAUCCUGAGGAAUACUGAGGGCCUAGCCACUGCCUCUCUGCACUCUGCUGCUUUGAAAUCUGGUUGAAAUGAGAACGCAUUUUCUGUUUUUCCAUCAGGCCCCUAAGCGUGGUCUUUUUCUUUCCUCCUAAUGUUGAAGAGAAAAAAUAAAAAUGUUUGCCCAGAUUGCUUAAUUAAAAAUUGCAAACAAAAUCUCA